AUGGUCUUCGAUCUGGUGAUCAAGAACGGCAUCAUUGUCACAGCGAGUGAGGUGCUACAAGACGGUCUCGAAAUCGGAAUCAAAAAUGGCAAGAUAUCAUGCAUUGGCACCGAUCUUCCAACAUCGUCGAAUACUGAGAUCGUUGAUGCGGAAGGUGCAUACAUCACGCCAGGAGGCGUCGACAGCCAUGUCCAUCUCGCACAGAAGAACUCACCUACUGGCGACACCUGGGAGACGGGAACAAGGAGUGCAAUAGCAGGCGGCACAACAACCGUCAUCGCUUUCGCCUCGCAGCAGAAAGCAGACACGUCAUUAUGGCCAGUGCUCGAAGACUACAAGAAGAAAUCGACCGGACAGACCUACUGCGACUAUGGCUUUCACUUCAUCCUCACCAACCCAACCCCAGAGAUCCUUCGAGAUGAGCUCCCCAUCCUGGCGGAGCAGGAAGGCAUAACGAGCGUAAAGCUGUACAUGACCUAUGAGCUCAUGAAGCUGAACGAUCGCGAAGUGCUCCGGAUUCUCUUCGCCUGCAAGUCCCUCGGCAUGACGACCAUGAUCCACGCCGAAUCGCAUGAUAUGAUCAGCAUGAUCAUCGAAGGCCUCGAGCGGAACAAGAACACUGAGCCGUACUUCCACGCAGUGGCUCGACCGCGGAUAGCAGAGGACGAGGCCUCAUAUCGAGCGAUAUCGCUUGCAGAGCUGGCAGAUGCUCCUAUGCUAAUAGUGCACAUGUCUUCGGAUGUAGCCAUAAGUCACGUUCGAGAUGCUCAGACGAGGUUACUGCCAAUACAUGCUGAGACAUGUCCGCACUACCUUUUCCUGCUGUCGGAGAAGAUCAAGGCCGAACCUCACGACCACUUCUGCGGGGCGAAGCACGUAUGUUCGCCUCCGCUUCGGCAUGAUACAAAGGACCUUGAAGCUCUGUGGCAAUCAAUAGCGAACGGGACUUUCACAACGUGGUCGUCGGAUCAUGCUCCGUCCAAGUACGAUCAUCCAGGAGGCAAGAGACUGGGUCUGAUCGAUGGUGUGCCGCGGUUCUCCAAGAUUCCGAAUGGUCUGCCUGGUAUUGAGACAAGAGUCCCGCUACUCUUCAGUGGAACUCCAGCAUGCCGGUCGCAAGAAGAGGUAAGGCUGAGUUUGCCUCGCUUCGUGCAGCUGACGGCUACGAAUCCUGCCAAGCUUUAUGGUCUGGAUGGCAAGAAAGGCAGUAUAGCGCCGGGGUAUGAUGCUGAUUUGAUCAUUUGGCAUCCUGGCAACACUGGAGCCACGACCAUCAGCCAGAGCAUCAUGCACCAUGAUAUCGACUAUACACCUUUCGAAGGCAUACGUGUUGGAAACUGGCCAAGGUAUACCAUACUCAGAGGCCAAGUUGUCUGGGAUCAAGCAAAGGGCGUCACCGGCCAGGUAGGCUAUGGCAAAUACCUAAAACGUGGCAAAGGCCAGGUCCUGGUGGGAAAGACCGGCAAUGUACCUCGUGGAAUGAAGCCAGAAGAGCGAGGAUGUUGGGUGCCAUAG